CCGAUCCUCGCCGGCGCCGUUCACGCGCGCGGUUUACUCGCGGCCGGCUCAGAAGAACCUCCGAAGAGGAGAGAACUCGGCACUGCGUCCACUCACAGAAGAUGCUUCGGCUCAAUCUCAGGGCCAUGCUAAUACUGCCCUUCAGAACCGUCCCUACAAGGCUGAAACCCAUUUGCUAUUCUUCUUCUUCCUCGUCCCUAUAUUCUUCUUCUCCUACUCCUUCCCCCCUCUGCAUAAACUACACGCCGUGGUCCGGUCUUGAGUCCUGGCGGCAGAGCCCGCUGAACGAGAACCGGUCAUGGGGGCCCAAUGGACCGGAGCCUCUCCAGCGACCCACGCCUCCGCCGGUUUACCCAAAUCGUUCAGCAGUCGGUGCGGCCUCGUCUCUGGCGGAGAUGGGCGCUCUGGUUCUCUCCACCGGUGACCCCAUCGCGAAAGCGGAGCUGUCGCAUUUGGCGUUCUCACGGUGGCGCAAUGAGAAGCUACCUAUGGGAGUUUUCCCAGCUCCUGGUCGACCAGCGAGGCCACCGAAGCCAGAAUUGGUUUCGCCGAAGGAAAUACCGUCACCCAGGGACUCGACCUUGCCUCUCAACGCUUAUAUGCUCCAUAACCUUGCUCAUGUUGAGCUAAAUGCGAUUGAUUUGGCGUGGGACACUGUCGUACGGUUCUCACCCUUUGCCGAGCUUCUUGGCGAGGGGUUCUUUGCUGACUUUGCUCAUGUUGCGGAUGAUGAGAGUCGCCAUUUUGGUUGGUGCUCACAGCGGCUGUUGGAGCUCGGGUUCAGGUAUGGAGAUAUGCCCGCUCACAAUUUGCUGUGGAGGGAGUGUGAGAAAUCAUCUGAUAAUGUCGCUGCUCGUUUGGCAGCGAUCCCUCUGGUCCAGGAGGCCAGAGGGCUGGAUGCAGGACCCCGGUUAGUUCAGAAGUUGGUUGGAUUUGGUGAUCUAAAGACGUCAAAAAUUGUGGGUAGGAUUGCGGAUGAGGAAGUUGCACAUGUAGCCGUUGGCGUUGACUGGUUCAUCUCUGUUUGCCUGAAAUUGGGACAUGCUCCUUCCUCCACUUUCAAAGAUUUGUUGAAGGAGUACAAUGUCGAGUUGAAAGGGCCCUUCAAUUAUCCUGCUCGGGACAAAGCCGGAAUUCCACGCGACUGGUAUGAAAAAUCAAGUAUCGAUAAGCAGGAGAAGGAGCAGCUCUCUGUGGUGCAUGAUAGGUUGGCCUCCAUUAUAGCUAUGGAGAGCGAGAACUCGAGCUUAAGUGAUAAUUGACAUCAUCAGCUAAUAAGCGCAGGACUGUUCUAUAUUAUCCCAACCUUCCCAAUAAGGGCCAAGUUAUGGGACAAGAAUGAACAGUGAAAGGAUCGGAGAGUUUCUAUCCAUCACGCCGAAGCUUGAUGAGAGAAAAUAUAUGGCUGAAAUAUGCGCGAGACAUCCUGGGAAAACCCAUGAUGUGAAUAUACUCUUAUCAUUACCGGGCAGAGAGACGCUCUGCAGCGAUGCCAGCUUAAGAGUUUCUGAAGCGAGACGCAUCAUGAAUAUAUGAUCUUGUGUGUUCAAGAAGUUGGUACUGCUCAGUGUAAAUUGCAUCGCGAUAUUGUUUCCGAAAUAUGGAACGAUAUUAACAAGUUCCACCGCAUAUUAUGCUGCUAUUUUCGAGCGCGACGUGGGAAGAAAAUUUGAACCAGGAGAUUCUUUCGUACGA